GUGCACGCUAACCCCAGAAGGGCAGUGACCGUGAUAUGAGAACGUGAAGCUGGCCUGGUGAGUGCUUCGUUUUCAUGGCAUAUUUCUGGCAAUGCGGUCUGAUAAGAGAUAACCACUGUCAUGGUUGCACUCAAGCAGAGAGGUGAACUUUGUUUGCUAAAAGGUCCAAGGACUCAUGACCAGUAUCUGUGGUGUGUUUGGAGGAAACCCCAGUUUCACUUGCAGGCCCACUGUAGUAUCUAUAGUACAUGUAAUAAGCAUGGUACAGUAUUGCAUUUCAUAACCACUUUAAACUGUUCAUGAGUUUGACAAGAUACCCUUUACAUCGAUGUUUUGGACAAAAUUUCCUAAACAAAGUCUUAACUACUUUUGCUGCAAAGCUGCCACUUAAUAAGACAGCACAAUUAGUGUGAAGGAAGACAGCCUUUAAGGAAUAAUGGCGUGUACAAGGAGGAUGACCUGGGAUUUACAAAAAUCAACAUAAAAAAGGGGAUCAUCAAGAAGAUUAAUUAUAUUCUCCCUGGCUGCUGGACUGGAAAGACGUCUCCCACCAGAAUCACUGCUGACUUUGUCGAAUGGGAUGAGCGUCACUGUGCUUCUGCUAUGGAACAGUGAAUUCAGCUCUUCCUCUCCAUUCAGGUGCUGCUGUGAUUUUGGGGCGUAUUGUCCCUGGCAAGUCGUGUACGAUGUCACCCGUCACCUUCAAGGACCUCCCCCUGGACAUCUACAUGGUCAUCUUCGGAACGGGCAUUUUUGUCUUCAUCCUCAGCCUCAUCUUUUGCUGCUACUUCAUAAGCAAACUUAGGCACCAGGCCCAAAGCGAAAGGUUUGGCUACAAGGAGGUUGUUUUCAAAGGAGAUGCAAAGAAAUUAGACGUACAUGGGCAGACGUGUGCCGUGUGUCUGGAGGACUUCAGGCUGAAAGAGGAGCUGGGAGUGUUGCCAUGCCAACACGCCUUCCACAGGAGGUGCCUAGUGAAGUGGCUGGAGGUGCGCUGCGUGUGUCCAAUGUGCAACAAGCCCAUCGCUGGGCCCCUGGAGCACCAGCGCCACAGCCUGGGAACACUGUUGGAUGAGCUGCUGUGAGGAUGCGGGUGGCCAAGGGAAGAAGAGUGCAGGAUCUACCCCCCCCCCAGGGCUGCGCGAAAACGGCAGGACAGAGAAACCUGAGCACCCAGGUUUCCUGAGAACAGCCCCUGACUGACAAUAUGAAGAAGAAUUAAGAGACAAAAGCCACGUUCAGCAGGACGGGGAUAGCGGUGUGGGAAUCUGCAGCCCGUGUCACAGUGAUCUGCUCUUCGACCUGCUCCGCCAACACGGCCGUGGGCAUCGAGACAGAACCAGACGGGCACCUUUCAACCCUUGCUCUGAGAGUGAAGGGAAGGUGUGCACGCACACACACGCUGCUCUCUCCCUGUGGGAAAAGGGCCCCCCCCGUCACAGCACACAUCUCUAGAAGUUCCUACAACUCCAGGAACAUUGGUGCGUUGGGGCUAAUAACAAAGUAACUUUUUUCUGAUGUAUAUAAUUCACCUGUUUCCUAUCAAGAAGUAUCACAUCAUAUGUAAAAAUUCCUUUAUAUUAGGGAAAUCUACUGCUUUCAUGAAGGUUAAUAAAGGGUCUGUAGUGUAGCUUUGUAUUAAUGU